GGGCCCGGCCGGGGGAAGGGGAGGGGACAUGGCGCGUUACCUGGGCUCGGGCGAUGGCGAGGAGUGUCCACUCUCCCGCCGCGACUCGUCCGCGGGAGCGCCGAGCCCUUCGCUCCCCUGGCGGCCCGGAGCGCUCCUCGGCCCCGGCCCCGCCGCGUCCGAGCCAGGCCGCCCCUCCUCGGCGCCGCGCCGCUGCCCGCGCGGGCCGCCUAGAGCUCCCGGGCCGCCCCGCGACCGGGGGCCUCUCUCGCGGGGCGCCCGGCUCCCCUCACCCGCUCCCGCCCCCUGGGCGGCCGUGGAGUCGCGGGGAGGGCGGGAAGGGCCUCCCGAGGAGAGCGGGCGGGCGCGAACGCGGGCUCCGCCACCCGAGCCGCUCCGUUACCGCAGCGGCGACGACGACCAGGGCCGUGUUGUUGCUGCCAACUUGUCGAAAGGACACUGAGCAUGCGCGCACGGAGACCACAUCCGGGAGGCAUGCAAGCAAGAAAUUUUGAAGACCACAGUGCCAAGGCACUCCAGGGGACCUAAGCCACCACCUUUCCGGAGACUUCUUCAGGUGAAACAUCUCACUCAGUUCUUCCAUCCGUCUCUGCCCUGGGCUCUUGUUCCCUUUUGUUUUCUCUGAGGCUCACCUCCUGUGAAACAGAGUUUCCCCAGGGUAAGGAGAACAUAGAGCUUUUACCUUUUCAUCCCAGAGUUGAAGACCUAGCCGUCCCACUUCCAGCACCGCCCACUGAGGAAGAAAUAGAAUAAUUUUUCAUGUGGGAGUGCCUGGGUGGCUCAGUCAUUUAAGCAUCCGGCUCUUGAUCUCCACUUAGGUCAUGAUUUCAGAGUUCGUGGGUUCAAGCCCCCCAUAGGGCUCUGUGCUAAUAGUGUGGAGCCUGCUUGGGAUUCUCUCUCCCUCUCUCUCUCUCUCUCUGCCCCUCCCCUGAUCACACUCUCUCUUUCAAAAUAAAUAAAUAAAACUUAAAAAAAAAAAACUAUUCACUGUCAGCACGGAGCCCAAUGCGGGCCUUGAACCCACAAACUGUGAGAUUAUGACUGAGCUGAGAUCAAGAGUUGGAUGCUUCUGGGUGGCUCAGUCAGUGAAGCGUCUGACUUUGGCUCAGGUCAUAAUCUUGCAGUUCAUGAGUUCAAGCCCCAUGUCGGGCUUGUGCUGACAGUUCAGAGCCUGGAGCCUGCUUCAGAUUCUGUGUCUUCCCCUCUCUCUGCCCCUCUCCCGCUCAUGCUCUGUUUCUCUGUCUCUCAAAAAAUAAAUAAAUAAAUAAACAUUA